UUUCUGCGAACUUAACACCAAGUAAAAUAUACCUAAUUAAUCCCAAUUCUCUUUGUGUGUAAACAAAUGUUUUACCUAUAAUUUUGUGCGUCUGCAAUAGAUUGUGAACUACCAUGGAGAACCAUCCUCUUAACUUGGCACACCAACAGUACCGCAGAGCCGAGGCUCAUCUUAAGUACAAGAGGUUUGACGAGGCCAUGCAAUGUCACCACAAUGCUGCAGAGCUGCUACUGGAUGCCAUGAAGACCACAACCUCAUCCGUGGCACUCGAGUCCAUCACCCUGCAACACAGCUACCACCUCAAACAGAAAGACCUCAUCAAAAUAAAAAAGGAACAGUAUGCCCGAGUCAAAAAAGCAAUGGAAAAUCUCAAACAUCUCGGCAAAGACCAAAGUUUGCCGUGCAGUGAAAACUCGAAGAUCCAAGUGGCUAUUUACAGGAACAUGUACGAGACAGACUCUCUUCUCGAAGUGUUAUCCAGCAAGAAGGACAAGAGUGAUGUCGCCGAGAAGGAACAGCAAGUUGCUGUUGAAGAGAUCCAGCAUCUGAACCGCAACCUUCGCUCCCUGGUGGAGCAACUAGUGCUGCAAGUUGAAGUGCUAAAAGAUGAGAACAUGACACUGAAUGAGAGGGUCAAUUAUUUUGAAAAGGAAAGGAAUAGGUACUUAAACAUACAAGUAUCUGACUUCAUUCACCAGAACAACUUCAGUAAUAUAAGCCUGUCCAAUGAAGCUUUUGCCCGGGAGCCCCUGCCAGCCGACCUACCCUCAGUGUCUCAUCAUCCACCUAAAGUUUUAGGAACCGGGGUAGCCAGGCCAGUUCAGCAGCCUCUCUUUGAUUUGUCUGCAUUCAAGGAUGAUUAGUGAUAUUCUAUGAAUAGUGAUAGACCUUUUUUGGAACUAAACUCAGGUCAACCUAAUGUUUGAAUUUGGUGCAAUGGAUUUGUAAAUAGAUAUGAAUGACUUGUAGGUAUGUUAUUGUUAUGAAUUUAUGAGGUACUUAUGUUUAACCUCAAAAAAAUAUUCUUUUUGUAUGUUUCCUUUGGUCAGGAAUAUGGGUAGCCAUUGUGAAAGUAUUUCAAUCUUAUGUAUAAUUUAACAUAGAACCGCAAAUGAUUAAAACACAUAAUAUAUUUAUUAGAUAUGUAUUUUGCUUAUUGGUCUUGACAUAAAAAUAAAACUUUAUUCAUGUUUACAUGUAAAAAUAAACUCCCUGACAGAGAAGUCAGGAACAACUAUCCUUACAACUAGUUUACAUACUCAUUAAUAACCUUUAUUGUCUAAUUUUCCUGCUAUCUCUAUUUACUAUUGUUUUAAAUCUGACACCAUCUAUCUUAUCCCACAGGUGAUUGUCCAAUAAAUACUAUCACAAGAAAUAAUGUUUCCUGACACAUUUAAAGCUUUAGUGAUAGCAGGCAAAUGAGAUAAUUAUAUCCCGCGGCCCCUCGACAUGGCAUCUUUAUGUAUGUAAAUAAACUCGUAUAAUGCACCAAUCACAUUGCUGAACGCAAAUUAUGAAUAUAGACAUCUGAAUUGGUUUGCUACGAUAAAUUUAUAAAGAUGCCAUGCCGCGGUCGCUGGUUACAUUCUAAUUUUAUAUACCCACGAUUCCACAGACACUGUUGGCAAAUUAUUAUUAAGCCAAUAUUAGUAGUUAAGAUUUAAGAUUAACAAUUUUGUACAUAAGCUAUAAUAAAACUACUUAUAAAACAUUA